AUGAAAAACGUCUUAGCAACUCCAGGAGGCGUAAUAUCCCCAUCGGCUUUCAGAUUCAUGAGAGCGACAAUAUCACGAUGCAGGUGCGUCUCUGCUCCUGAAGCUCUCCACAACUCGAGCCUCAAGCCGAACCUCACCCGCAUCACCAUGAAGAUUUCGAUUCUUAGUAUUUUGGCGGUGCUCCUCGUCGGCGUUUCCCUGGCGCAGGACAUCGAAUGGAAGACCGAAGAUUGCGACACGGAAGGCGGAUGCGUGGAGAGAGCUGAAGACAUGGAAAGUCCACUCUCGCCGGCCGAGGGAGAGGCCGAGGGCAUGGAUGUCGAGGACCCCCUCAACCUGAUCGACAGAAAGGGCAAGGGCAAAGGCAAGGGCAAGGGCAAGGGCAAAGGCAAGGGCAAAGGCAAGGGCAAAGGCAAAGGCAAGGGCGAAGGCAAAGGCAAGGGCAAGGGCAAGGGCAAGGGCAAGGGCAAAGGCAAGGGCAAGGACAAGGAUGAUGACGAUUGCGACGACACCCCGAAGAAGUGCAGCGACAAGAACGGCGUGUGCAUCCGCCGCAGGCAGUCCUGCGCCGGCAACACGGAGGACUCCGACUGCAAAGGCAACGACCAGACUUGCUGCAUGAAGCACCAGUGCAGCAACACCCCGAGGGAGUGUGAGAGAGACAACGGCAUCUGCAUCAACAGAAUGGACAACUGCGCUGGCAAGACGCAGAAUAAUCUCUGCGAAAACGAGCACUGCACUUGCUGCAAGAAGGACGAGUGCAGCAAAACGCCAUCGCAGUGCUCCAACAAGAGAGGCAAAUGCAUCAACAUCAUGGACUACUGUGACGGGAAGACGGACAGCGACCUCUGCGACAGCAAGAACUGCACGUGCUGCUACCCUUCCAAAUGAGUCAGCACAGCUCUUUCCGUCCCUCCGCUAUUCCUCUUCCUUUCUCCUUUGUCAACUUCACGAUUCUGCUUGCCAUUUCACUGAAUGCCACUGGGGCGAAAGGGUCCUUGCAGUGAUCAGCAGUGUUUGUUGUAGUCAACAUAAGUGCAUAAAGAUGUAACAAAAAUGACUAAGUGUAAUGCAAUGCAGAACCUUUCUUUCUAUUUAGUAUGUUGUCUUUUUUCCAAUUAAAGAAUGUUAUAGCAAU